CUUUCACCGGUGAUUGUGGCGGAUGUAGUAGACCAACCAGGAAGUUAGCUAGUUUGGGCUGGUACAGCUAGAUAGCUAGCAGGCUGUAAAAUAACGAAAUUAAGCUCCAAUAAAUCAUUUUCCAAUUGGUUAUUUGUGAAAUAUGUCCAACAACAAUCGAGUGGAUUUACAGGAUGGCAACAUGUCACAAGUUUUGAGAAAAUGACGAGAUGACUUGCCUUACAGUGGCCUGGACAUUUGUGAUAUGUUAACGUUAAUCACAAAAGACAAGUGUGUAAGAUGGACUGAAGGAAUUAGUUAGCUGCAGACUUUUGAGAUGUUACUAGCUGUACAUGUAAAUAUAUGACCAAAAAGCACUGUGUUAUCUACAUCUACAUAUCACUAGUCAACAUGGCCCUACAAAUAAGUUGUUAAUAUUUGCAUGCUCUGUCAUCACUUUUUAAGGUCAAUUCACCUGCACAUACAUUUGAAUGACUAACCACACAUAAACAGAGCUGAUCAUGUCACUAGCAAAGCAGGCACAAACGUGGUUCCCAACUCAUGUCCAAGCCACUGUUCUCCAAGCAACUGACCUACAAGCUAAGGGUAAGCAUGGCAACAACGACGCCUACGCUAUCAUCCAGCUGGGCAAAGAGAAGUACUCAACAUCUGUGGCAGAGAAAACACUCAACCCAGUGUGGAGAGAAGAAGCCGCCUUUGAACUGCCUGGUCUGCUUCUGGAGGGCAAUCCAGAAAUCUAUGAAUUAUGCCUUAUCGUGAUGCACAGGUCCCUGGUGGGGAUGGAUAAAUUCCUGGGCCAGAGUACCAUCAAUCUCAAUGAUAUUUUUGAUAACAAGGAGCGAAGGAAAACAGACUGGUACUCCUUGGACUCCAGGCCAGGGAAGAAGAGGAAAGAGAGAGGGAAGAUCCAGGUCAGCAUUCAGUUCAUGAGGAACAACAUGACGGCCAGCAUGUUUGACCUCUCCAUAAAGGACAAGCCCCGCUCGCCCUUCACCAAACUCAAGGACAAGAUGAAGGGGCGCAAGCACGACGGUGGUCUCUCCGACACCACCUCAGCCAUCCUGCCCCGCUCCGCCAUGUGUGACUCGGAGACCCUUCGCCAACCCAGUGCUUCUGACCAUCAGCCAGAGCCCAAGAUCAAGAGACACCUACUGGCCGGCUCCCAUACGCUCUCUGCAGCCCGCUCCAUGUCUGACCUCAUUGGCACUCACUUCCGCCCCAAGCUGGACUCUAGAAACUCCAUGGAACAGCUGGAGAAAGAGAGUGGUGCCGCCCCUCACAGGCGCUCCCAGGGCGAGGUGCCAGGCUACCAGGACAGCGAGGGGCAAGGUGAUCCUUUUACUCAUAUCAGCGACGGCUUGCCGCAGAAGUACGCCACCCUCCCACGCAACCGCAACCCGUUCGAGGGGGAGCAGGGCCAGCUGUGGGACCGAGGGGAGAAAAAGGAGAAGAAGGAGAAGGUCAGCCUGCUGGAACGUGUGACCGGGAAGAAGGAGGGACGCAAGACCAACAACGGGGGGCGUUCGGGCAGCUCUGGAGACCUGCGCUCCAGCAACCCAUUCAGCAGCGACUCUCAGGGAAACACCCAACCAACCAACCCCUUCCUCUCUCACAAAAAUACAAGCGAUAAAAAUCCCACCACUAAUGGAGACAUCCGAAAGGCAAGAGAGAACCACGGAAAGAAAAAUGAGACGAUGCAGACGAGCGCGGCUUCCUAUAGCAACUUAUCUUUCGACGAGGUGGUGCAUGAGCUCAUCAAGCAGAAUGGGGUGGUGAAAAAGAAGGACGCCCAUAUCCGUGAACUGGAAGACUACAUUGAUAACCUGCUGGUGCGCGUUAUGGAGGAGACGCCGAGCAUCCUACGGACACCCUACGAGCCCAAGAGGAAAGCGGGGAAAAUCUCUAAAAAUAACUAGUGUCAAGGUAGAGUUAGGGGUCCCAACGAUAUGCUCUUGUUUCACUGAGGGCCCAUUCUAGCCAUUGUGAAAUGUAUUGUGGGUAUAGAACAAAAAUGAAGAGAAGGGGAUUGACCUAUGCCAAAUCACCAUUUUAUUUUUUGAAUUUUUAUUUGAAUAGGUUUUGCAUGCUUUGAUUUGAGUGUACACCAGUUUCCCCAACAAUUUUAUUGGGGAGUGAAGUACACCCGACUACAUAAAUAUCUGACAUUUUGACUUGCAUUUUAACAAACCCCAUGGCUUUCCCAUAAUUAUAGAAAUACUAACCUGUGAAUCAGUUGUUGUAUAGUGAUCAACUCAUCCUUUUUUUGUUAUUAUACCUCUUGCUCUGUUCUUUGCAUGACAUUUCCUUUGUUUUCCAUAUUCAGCCGAAUUGAAAGAAUGUGAAAUGGCAAUGUCUCACAGAUCCAUCAGGACACCUUAUAGCAGAGACCAGUGGGAUAAGAAACAAAACUAGUGGGUUUAUGCCAUGCGCGACAGUUUCUUCAAGGUGUACACGUUUUCACAAUAGUGUAUACAAUAGACCUGUGCACUUUCACACGCGUAUAACAUGGGGGGAAAAACACAGACAGCUUCUGAGGCGAUUGAGUGCACAUGGAACCACCAUCAAGCUAGAUUUGCGUUUUAACACUAAGGCCAUACAAAUGUAAUUAAAUGUUUAACGGAUGGCCCACUUCACUUUAAAAAAUGUUUUUAAGAGAUUAAGUCCUACUGAAAAAAAUGCAUGUUUUGAUCAAAAUAAUGUCCCCCCCUAAAAUCACUAAAAUAACUUAAAAUCACUUGAUUAGGUCACUAGGUGUUGAACUAAGGUUGCUGAAGUAUUUUCAAAGGAUUAUCUAGUACUUUUGUAUACUUUUUAGAUAGUCAUUCUAAAAGUAGCACUCACAAGCCAAAAGUGGUCCCCGAAAAUGGCCUAUGUCUCUCGCUCUGCUGUGGGUGCAUCAUGUGCAUCUUGCUAGCUGUCAUUCAUAUGGCGAGGUGCUAAAGUUAACUUGUUGAACUCGUGCUGCUAGGGGGCUAGCCCAUGUGGGGGGAAAUGGUGUAGCACAGUACAAAGAAAAACUAGGGAUUUCAUGGCUAAUUGAAGUAAGACAGUAAUUCUGCUUAUAGAUUAUGCAUUUAUAAACUACUCAUUGACAUAUCCAGCCCAAAGUGGGAGGUUUAAAAAAAUACCGGAGCAUGUCUUUAAUAAAAGGGGCUACUCGCCUCACUUAAAAAAAAACAUAUAUAUAUAUAUAUAUAUAUAUAUCUGUUAAAUGUUUAAUAAAAUAUGUAUGGCCUAAGUCUUAAAAUGUACCAAACACCGCGUGUUAACUUAUCACACUUGUGUAAAAAGAAGAAAAAAAAGAAGAAAAGUACAUAGUUUAUUGAAUAGGGUUUGAUGUGCUAAUUUGAAUAGAGCUGUAAUGACUGUUUACACUUCAGACCAAGAUGCAGGAUUAUGACACAAACUCUCACUCAGCCAAUCGGCCCUUUACACGCCUCUUACUGUAGGCAAGGAUUGUGUUGAUAUACUGGAGGUGUGAAUACAAUGUUAUCCGCCUGUCUGUGACAUUGAUCUGAGCCUUUUGGCAUUAGGAUGGUUUGGACCUCUCUCUUGACAUUUGCCAUCUUUGUACAAAAUGUUAUUAUUUAAAGUUAGUCUUAUGAGGGUAGGUACUAAGCACUACUGAAUUCUUACUCAAGACAUUGCAUAUCCAAACACAGAUCUGAAAACAAUGUGACACUGCAUUCGAACUUUGUGACCUUCCAGUGAAAACAAAACAAAAAAUAGGUGAACACUGUAUUUUCUCUGGUCAAUUUGUUGAUAUAGAAUGUCUCGGCAUCGUGCUGGUGCAGAAUGUAAUUGAGUGGAGGCAAACUAAAGACACUGCUAUUGAAGCCUCCUCCAGUGUUUACACCAAAGUGAAUUCAUUCAACGAGCUGCCAUUGUCCAUCAUAUCAACUCCAAAGUCAUUGCUUUUGGGUUUGUUAUUUCAGUUUAUUUAUUUUUUUAUCAUAAGCUAGGUUUCCAUCCAAUUAGCGACAGAUUUUCAUUUGAAUAUUCAAAAAAUUUGCAUAAAGACAAUAUACAUGUUUUUCCACCAGAGAUGUUUCCAUCAAAUGGACUUGUUGCGGAUAAAAGGCUCUGCGUGAUGACGCAAUGCACAUAAAAACACAUUUGGCGGUUAAAUUCCCAUGUACCGAAUACAAUUAAAUGGGUUUCCAUCGCAUUUUCAACUCUACUGAUGGUUUUCUCUCAGAAAAAAAUUGUGUGUUUUAUACACCGAGUGUGCCCACUCUGGUUUUGCAACAUGCGCUCUAGCCAACAGCUCACAGAUCCAGUGUGGGUACAGCCUACAUCAGGGAUGGGCAACUUUGACUGCGAUCAAAACAUUUGUGGCUCCCCUCUUGACAGCGGAGAUAAAUUUGUGCGAUUCUACACAUUUUGCCAUGAGGUGUAGAGAAAAUGUUGCAGUUUAAAAGCAAGUUUGCUGCAAUUCUACACAUUUUGCCAUGGGGCGGAGAGAAAUGUUUGCCGUUUUUAAUAUGAUAUGAGUGAGACUAAUGAAAUCAUUGGUGACUAAUCUGUAGCCUAAUAAACUGCUUGCUUUCCCGACGAGUCAUAGUGGGAGGACCACACGUGCCAUCGCGUGACUCCCAAGUUUACCUCAGUGUGAUGGUUAUUAUAUCAGUGUUUGCGCAUAAAAGAGUUUCCUCCGAUAUUUCUCGCAUAAUUAAUUUCACAGACAAAAAGAUCCCACCUUGUCUAGCGUAUUUUGUUUUGUCGACAUUUGGAAAGUUUACCGACAAAUGUUCUGUUUCCAUCAAGCCUGUUACUCGCAUCAAAAGGUUGGAUGGAAACCUGGUUACUGACCCGUGAUGACUGUAUUUGUCUUUAGGACCAAGCGCAUUGUAUGACCUUUAUUUACAGUCAAUGUAGGCCCAUACAUUGUCAUUCAAAAAUAAGUAUAAACCAUUGGUCAAGUAGUUCUAGCUUUACUUUACUGGUACUGGUAAGUGCAAUAAAUAUAAUUUAUCAACAUGUUUAAUAUUCAA